GAACGCUGCCUCCGUGCGCGUCGCCCCGCGCCCGUCGCGCCGACGGCGCGCGGAUGCGCGCCGCCCUUUCGGGCGCGGCGCCGGCGUGGGCCGCGGCGCUGGCGGCAUGCGUGCUCGCCGCCCUCGGCCGCGCCGGUCUGCUGCCCGCCCCGCCGUCGACAGCCCCGGCGGCGGCUGGCGGCGCCGCGGCCCGCACGGCGCAGGAGGAGCAGCUCAACCGAAAGAGUGGACUGGCCGCAGCCGGCAACGAACCAGGCCCCCCCGCGCACGCUGCGCCUCCCGUCGGCGCCUGGGCGGCGCGGCGGUUGUCGACGGCGCCGGAGUCGUUGGGCGAGGCCCCUCCGCCGGGACCGCUCCUGCCCGCGGCGGCGCCCACGCCCUCAGAGCCACACGCGCCUGAUCCACAUGACGAGGCCGCGGCGGAGGAUGAUGACGAGGAGGUGGUCGCCGCGGAG